AUGCGUUUUGUCGUUGCAAUCGUUUGUCUCAUGGUACUUGCUGUGGAAUUAUCAACCGCCUUUCCACAACAUGAUCGUGCACGUCGUGGUCCAAUUGAUCUCAGUGGCUUAACAGGUCCUGGUGGAAUGUCAUUCAUAUGUAUCUUUCCACCAUGUCCUGUUCAACCAAUUGUUUUUCCAACAACAAUUGAUUGGGAUGCAAUUCAAGCUAGUAUUGCCCAAUGGAAUAAAGAACAGGAAGCAUUAUCCUUAUUACAAGCUAAUAAUUGA